AUGCGCCCUGUAACCGCUUGGCUACUUGCCAUUCACUUUACAGCCUCAGCGGCUGAACAGUUUCGUGUCAAGAAGACCUACGGUGUCGACAACUUCUUUGACUCGUUCGACUUUCGCACCACCGGUGGUAAUCCAAAUCAGAAUGACGACAAUUGGUCGUGGGUGAAGUACCAAGAUUUACCAAAUGCACAGAAAAAGGGUCUAGCCAAGGUCAAAGACGGCGAAAUCUACCUGGGCAUUGAUCAUACCAGGGUUCUGAAUAAGACGUCUGCCGAGGGACGCGACAGUCUCCGGGUCGUUUCGAAAGAGGCAUUCAGGUACGGGUUAGUUAUUACUCGUUUUACUCAUUUGCCGGAGCUCGUUUGCGGAGGCUGGCCAGCAUACUGGACUCUCGGUGUAGGAGAAUGGCCCAAGGCUGGUGAAAUCGACAUGUAUGAAGGCUGGAACCUGGACGUACACAAUAAGCCGGCUAUACACGUCGGUCCAGCGGCCGAAUUUGGGUCAUGCACCAUUGAACAGGACGAUCAAUCCGCAGAGGUCAUCUCCGGAAAUUGCGACAAUACCUUCGCCGAUAAUAAAGUUCAGUGGCCAGGCCAAGGUUGCCAGUCUAGAGAGACAAAAGACACCAUUUGGGCUUCCCCAGAGGGAGGAAUCCAGGCCCUGGAGUGGACCAAAGAUUACAUUAAGCUGUUUACCUGGCCGCAUGGCAAGGAGCCCGAGAACCUGGACGACGAUGAGCUCGAUACUUCGUCGUGGGGCAAGCCGACCGUUCAGAUACGCGCCUCGAAAUGCGACAUUGACGGCAUCUUCCAAAAGCAGCAACUCAUGUUCACUCUUCCGGUUUGCGGAAACCCACCUGGGAGUGAUCAAUUUUGGAAGGAGCUAGAUGGAGGCAGUGGUAAAACAUGCGACAAAGUCACCAGAGAGCCGACAUGCAUCGACUUUGUUGCCAAGAAUCCUCACGCCUUCAAGAAUUUUUACUUUCAAAUCAAGGACAUCCGGUACUUUGAACAAAGGCUCAUCAAGCCAACGAACAACACAAGUAUGGCGACAUCGACGUCGACAAGGUCAAUGAACCGCACGAGGACUGUAACGUCCUUGACAACGACAAUGUCAAUGAACCACACCACGUCCUUGACAGCUACAAUGUCAAAGAACCAGACUAGCUUGGUAGCGCCCUCCGCGGUGUCUCUGUCAAAGAACCAGACUCGAAUUACCACGGCUACUGCGCCAGGAAUCCAAGACGGCCAAAAGGAUACCCAAGAGGCUGCAACGGUCACAUCGACAGCCUCAAUGUCUCGCGUCUCAUGUAAACAUAAAAGACAUGGUUUGCGACACAUCUAA